ACAGGGUGGAUGCUUGAGAGUGGAGGAUAAGGUACAAGUGUCUGGGACCGGUGGAAUGGAGGCCUGAUGUAGAUGGAAAGAUGGAUGAAGAAGAAGCUCUGAACUCUAUUAUGAAGGAUUUGGCAGCAUUGGGCAAAUGUGGGGGGCUGCUGGACAACAACAGGAAUAAAAACAGUGUCCACUCCAGCAAACAGCAGCGAAAUGUCAGGAUCAAGUUUGAAUAUGAAGGAGAGAAAAGGAUUAUCCAGUUUCCAAGACCAGUCAAAUUCAAAGAAGUGGUGCAGAAGGUCACGGAUGCUUUUGGACAGACGAUGGACUUAGUCUGCGUGAACAAUGAGCUCCUGAUCCCACUGAAAUCCCAGGAAGAUUUGGACAAAGCGAUGGAACAGUUGGAGCUGAGCCCUUCCCUGAAGAGCCUGCGGAUCCUCGUGAGCGCUCCAAAGAAAGCGAAUCUCCUCCAGCCAAACAACAGUAAACAGCACGAAAUGAGGAUCUCCAGAUCCAUGGGUGAUAUCAUGGGAUCCCUGUACAAGGACUCUGAGAGGACGCGGAAGUAUUCAACAGGCUCUUUGCACACUGGCCGGAGCUCUCCACCCCCGGGGAGCGUUCCCGAAGAGCAGCAGCAGAUUGCUCGCCAGGGAUCCUAUACCAGCAUCAACAGCGAGGGCGAAUUCAUCCCUGAGACCAUGGAUCAAAACAUGCUUGAAGCUUUCAUCAGCCCUGAUGAGUCGCUGUCUGGGAGCUGCCAGUCGCUGGACAGAUCUGUGGACAGCCCUCCCUUUACCCAAACCCCUGUUCCUGGAAGGAAGAGCCAUCCCAAAGACAGUCUUGAUUGCAUGGAUUUCGACAUCCCGUUCUGCGAGAGGUUUGGGAAAGGUGGCACCUUCCCGAGGCAGUACCACCUCUCCCAAAGCCGCAAGGACUACAGUGACGGCCGGAGGACUUUCCCCAGGAGUUACUUCCCACAGGAGAACCUGUUUCAGCUUGUCCCUUCUAGCCGAACCAAGAGCUUUAAUGGGGACAGCAAGCUCAGCACCUUGCAGUAUGAUGAGUACAGGCCCAAAUGGUGGAACAAUUGUGAAAAAGGUCUGCAGGUCUUCAGCACCUCCCCUACGAAAGCUAGGAACUCCCUGCAGGCACCUGUGAACUGGAGGCUGGGGAAGCUGCUCGGAAGAGGAGCUUUUGGGGAAGUUUAUCUCUGCUACGACGCCGACACUGGCCGGGAGCUGUCGGUGAAGCAGGUGCCUUUUGACCCUGACAGUCAAGAGACGAGUAAAGAGGUGAAUGCCUUGGAAUGUGAGAUUCAGCUGUUGAAGACUCUCCGUCACGACAGGAUAGUGCAGUACUAUGGGUGCUUGCGGGAUCCUGAGGAGAAGAAACUGUCUAUCUUUGUUGAAUACAUGCCAGGGGGCUCAAUAAAGGACCAGCUAAAAGCUUACGGUGCUCUGACCGAGAACGUCACACGGAAGUACACCAGGCAGAUCCUGCAGGGAGUCUUCUACUUACACAGCAAUAUGAUUGUCCACAGAGACAUUAAAGGUGCCAAUAUUUUGAGAGAUUCUGCUGGAAAUGUGAAACUUGGAGAUUUUGGGGCCAGCAAACGCAUCCAGACCAUCUGCAUGUCUGGGACUGGGAUUAAAUCUGUCACGGGAACACCAUACUGGAUGAGCCCAGAGGUUAUCAGUGGAGAAGGUUACGGAAGGAAAGCUGACGUGUGGAGCGUGGCCUGCACCGUGGUGGAGAUGUUAACGGAGAAGCCGCCGUGGGCAGAGUUCGAAGCCAUGGCGGCUAUUUUUAAAAUCGCCACCCAGCCGACCAACCCCCAGCUCCCCGAUGGCGUCUCCAACUCCUGCCGCAACUUCCUCAAGCAGAUCUUCGUGGAGGAGAAGCGGAGGCCGACGGCCGAGGACCUGCUGAGACACCCCUUCGUCAACUGCGGGCUCUGA